AGCGUGUUCAGGGCUCCGAUCCUCUGCGUACUUACUUCGCCCACUGAAUUCGGUACGAAUCACUUUGGGCUAAACACGGCUAGGCGCGGAUUGUGCUGGACCAGACAUUUACAGCUGGCAACGCCGAAAGGAGGAAGACAGAUGGAGCGACGGAUAGCAAAGGCUUAAGUCUUCCUCUCCACAGAUACGAGGAGUUGCUAGAUCAUCUUCACCGCUUCUUGCAGAUGCAAAUCGUGUCUCCGGCCAGCAGGAGGAAGAGGAAGUGAGAGCAGCGGCAGCCACAGCGGCGGCAGCCUCGGGGAGCCUCUGUUCGUGUGUGUUCGGGUCCGAGGAUGGGAUAGCGAGAGCGACCGAAAGAGAGCCGCCGUCCAAAACAAGCCGCGGAAAAGAGUCGGACUUCCACGGUGGUGGAGGUGGCGCCGCUCCUGGCCUCUGCGACACGCUGUGAAUGAAAAGAGCCACACUCUGCAGCACAUACAGUUUUGCUACCUUUGAAAAACUGUGACAUCUAGAAAUGCCGCCUCCUGCGGAUAUUGUGAAAGUAGCUAUAGAAUGGCCUGGUGCCUUCCCGAAGUUAAUGGAAAUUGAUCAAAAAAAGCCAUUGACUGCAGUCAUAAAGGAAAUCUGUGAUGGGUGGUCUCUUGCAAACCAUGAACAUUAUGCAUUGCAACAUGCUGAUGGCUCCAAUUUCUAUAUCACUGAAAAGAAUCGUUAUGAAAUUAAAAAUGGAGCAAUACUUCGAUUAACUACAUCACCAACCCAAAAUGCCCUUCAGCUCCACGAGAGGAUCCAGUCUUCAAGUAUGGAUGCCAAGUUGGAAGCACUGAAAGACUUAGCUAGUUAUUCACGUGAUAUAACCUUUGCCCAAGAAUUUAUCAAUCUAGAUGGCAUUUCACUCCUAACACAGAUGGUGGAAAGCGGAACGGAACGAUAUCAGAAAUUGCAGAAGAUAAUGAAGCCCUGCUUUGGAGAUAUGUUAUCCUUCACACUUACGGCAUUUGUUGAGCUGAUGGAUCAUGGAAUUGUAUCCUGGGACACAUUCUCUGUGGCUUUUAUUAAAAAGAUAGCAAGUUAUGUGAGUAAAUUUCCUACUGACAUUGCUAUCCUGCAACGGUCAUUAGCAAUCUUAGAGUCAAUGGUGCUGAAUAGCCAUGAUCUGUACCAGAAGGUGGCACAAGAGAUAACCAUUGGACAGCUAAUCCCUCAUCUCCAAGGGGCUGAUCAAGAAAUACAAACAUAUACUAUUGCUGUGAUAAAUGCACUUUUUCUUAAAGCACCUGAUGACAAGAGACAGGAGAUGGCAAAUAUUUUGGCCCAAAAACAACUUAGAGGUAUUAUUUUGCAACAUGUUAUCAGAGCACAGAGGGCCAUCAAUAAUGAGAUGGCGCAUCAGCUUUAUGUUCUCCAAGUGCUCACCUUUAACCUACUAGAAGACAGAAUGAUGACCAAAAUGGAUCCUCAAGAUCAGGCACAGAGAGAUAUAAUAUUUGAACUCCGACGAAUUGCUUUUGAUGCAGAAUCUGAAUCCAACAACAGCAGUGGCAAUGUUGAGAAACGCAAGUCUAUGUACACGCGGGAUUACAAAAAACUUGGGUUUAUUAAUCAUGUGAACCCAGCAAUGGAUUUUACACAGACUCCUCCAGGAAUGCUGGCCCUGGACAACAUGCUGUAUUUUGCCAAACAUCAGCAGGAUGCUUAUAUCAGGAUUGUCUUAGAAAACAGCAGCCGUGAAGACAAGCAUGAAUGUCCAUUUGGAAGAAGUAGUAUUGAAUUAACAAAAAUGCUGUGUGACAUCCUCAAAGUUGGAGAGUUGCCCAGUGAGACCUGCAACGAUUUCCACCCCAUGUUCUUUACUCAUGACAAGGCAUUUGAAGAGUUCUUCUGCAUUUGCAUCCAGCUGUUGAAUAAGACAUGGAAGGAAAUGAGAGCAACUUCUGAAGACUUCAACAAGGUAAUGCAAGUGGUGAAGGAGCAGAUAAUGAGAGCACUGACCACAAAGCCUAGUUCUCUGGAUCAGUUCAAGAGUAAACUUCAAAAUCUCAGCUACGCAGAAAUAUUGAAAAUCCGCCAGUCUGAGAGGAUGAACCAAGAAGAUUUCCAGUCUCGUCCAAUUUUGGAGCUAAAGGAAAAGAUUCAACCUGAAAUUUUAGAGUUGAUUAAACAGCAACGCCUUAAUCGCCUUGUUGAAGGAACAUGCUUUAGAAAACUCAACAGUCGACGGCGGCAAGACAAAUUUUGGUAUUGCCGGCUGUCACCGAACCACAAAGUCUUGCAUUAUGGAGAUUUGGAAGAGAGUCCCCAGGGAGAGGUCCCACAUGAAUCAUUACAAGAUAAACUUCCUGUUGCUGAUAUAAAAGCAGUUGUUACUGGGAAAGACUGCCCUCACAUGAAGGAGAAAGGAGCUCUUAAACAAAACAAGGAGGUGCUUGAGCUAGCUUUCUCUAUAUUGUUUGAUUCAAAUGGACAACUAAAUUUCAUUGCUCCUGACAAGCAUGAGUAUUGUGUGUGGACAGAUGGUCUAAAUGCUCUUCUUGGAAAGGACAUGAUGAGUGAACUGACACGCAAUGAUUUGGACACUCUACUCAGUAUGGAGAUAAAACUGCGCCUCCUGGACCUAGAGAACAUACAGAUUCCUGAUGCUCCACCACCAAUUCCAAAGGAACCAAGCAACUAUGACUUUGUAUAUGAUUGUAACUAAAGUUACUCUCACUGCUGAGAUUACAUUUAAACUGGAAGUACUAUAACUGGAGACGUGUGUUUUUGGUGGAUUUUUUUUAAAGAAGAAAAAUAUAUGCACAUUGGACUUCAUUUCAGGGGUCCUGCAAAACACUUAUUUCCCUUUGCUUUUUACCCUUUGGUCUGACAUCAUCUUCCGCAUUGCUAUUUUAAAAGAACAUUGCUUUCAUUAACUUCUCAUCAUUUGGCAAACUGGACUUAAACGUCCCCCUCAGCAGAACUUCCUUUUUUAAAAAAAUAUUCAUAAUAAAAGGACAGUGUGGCCAAAGUACAUGACCACUAGACCAAAUACAGCAUUAUUGGUGCUUUGGCUGGAAGAAAAGAAGUAGUGAAGCUGCUGAAAAUGGUGAGAGGUGUCUUCCCAUUGCUCACUCCUGACCAUGGAAUCAGCUUGAGCUGACCUCAGUGGAAAUGAAGAUUAACUGCUUGCAACUUCUCUGCCAUUGUUGUCAUAAUCCACCACUACCACCAGCAUCUAUCUAAAUACCAUUUGUGCUCUGUCCAGUGACUGUUUCUUAAGAUAAUGAGUCCACAGGUGUUUGCUGCAAACAUUUUAACCUUUUAAUAGACACAGCUUAACAGUAUCGCACAUAAACGGAUAAAACCCCUUGCUGUUUUAUGUCCCUGUUGUGUAAUUACAUAUCACUAAAACUGGUAAGAGUCUUUAUCCAGGCUGGGGUUGAUUUUUGUGUAUGUGCAAAGAGGCAGAUGCCAUAGAUAUUGAAAUGUUAUGUAUUCAGUUUGGUUCAUGAGAAAAUUGAGAGUUUUACAAAUUUGCAAGCAAAAAUUGGUUUUGUACAAAAUAUUUGAACAAUUCUUGCCAAAUACAUAUUUAAUUAAGAACGCAA